AUGAGUGAGCAGGGAAGGGAGACAGAGGAGGAAGAGGGAGGCGGUGAUUUGGACACAGCGCCUAUGCUGCCCCAGAGACCUCCCGACCACCAGGCCUCAGCCCUGCCGUGGCCAGGGUGGCCGGGGCCCCUGCUGCUGCCCGGCCGGCUGGUGGCCGGGCUCCUGCUGCACCUCCUGCUGCCCGCCACAGCCUUCCUGCUGGUGCUCCUGCCCGCAGCGGCCGUCGUCUACCUGGGAUUCCUGUGCCACUCGAGG